AUGUCGGAGGAUAACUACGAAUUUGUGCAACUCACCAAUGAGAAUUCAUCAGAGCUCUCGGAAUUUUUGAUGAGCCAUUUUUUGCUCGAAGAGCCUAUGAACAGAGCAAUCGGCAUGAGCAGAGAGAAUUUUCAACCGUUCGUGGACAAACUUUUCGAGAGGACAUUGAACAUUCCCUUCUCAUUUGCUCUCGUGGAGAAGGAUUCACGAAAAUUCGCCGCGUGCGCCAUGUCUUCUCUAUGGAUAAACGAGAAAAACGAUGUUGCACACAAAGACACUGAAAACCAUGGCGACGAGUUCACUUUUGGAAAUCCGGAACGAAAGGACAUCGCAGCUGUCGGAAAGAUUUUGACGGAGCUUCAUGGGAAAUUUUUCGAGAUUUGCCUGGACGUUGAGCAAGCUCUUCAUUUAGAAAUCCUAAGCGUUGCCAAGGAGCAUCAACGACGUGGGCUUGCUUCAAGGCUCAUGGCAAAAAUGGAGGAUCCGGCAAAAAUGCGAGAGUUCAAGUGCUCUAAGAUUGCGUCGGAAAUCUCUUCGCUAGCCAAUCAGUGCUUGAUGAAGAAGAGAGGAUAUACGGCAUUAACCGAAACGCUCUUCGCCUCGGAAUGUGAUGAAUCUGGUCGUCCACUGAUCGUCACAGAUGAUGGAACUGAUCGAGUCGUACUGGUUUGCAAGGACUUUUGACUUCCGGUUUCUUCAAUUUUUUUGCGAAUAACGGUGCAAUCUAACGUAAUAAAUACAUACCUAUAUUCCUCGAAUAAAAAUGUUUGUU